UCUAAAAAAAAUUUUUUUUUCUGGAUAUAGUUCGGACUCGGACUCCACGUAUUCUCUAAUGACACAUUGACACCUUCAUGUCACCGUCAUGUAAAUAAUUACAAAAUUGUUUACAAAUUAUUCCAAGAAUUAUAUCUCAUUGAAUCACAACAUAUCACGGUAGUUACUAGGAAACGCGAGGAAAGAUACCAAAGUCUUACGCAUUUCGUUUGUUUGAUACAAACUUGUUUGUUUACAAGCAUCGGUUGUGUCCGUCCAGAUACCAGUCAUUCUUCGCAAUCGAUGUUAAGUGUACGCAAUGGUCAUUUCAAAGUCUAAAAAAGUGGCAAAACUAUUCUUUAUACUUACCUUCUCUGGUUUAAUUAUGUAUAUAAUACUGGCAUUUUAUUCUCUUCACAGAGCACACAGAUUUAAUGCCGAAGAGAAAAGACAUUGGCAAGGUGUUACCCAAAAGACCGAUCAAAGCUUAAAGUAUAUCCUGAUCGUGACGAAAAAUCCAAAGUUAUUUUCAUCCAUUGAAGGCCAGAAACUAUUUAUAGAUUACCAAUGCCCGCAUUUCCUGUGUUAUUUGACAACGAAUAAGACACUGCCAAGUUACAAACAAGAGUUUGAUGCUGUGGUCAUAAAUGUGACUGAUGUAUCUAAAGUGUCAUUGCUUCGAGCAAGACUAAAGAAUCAAAGAUACAUAUUCUACGGCAUGGAACCAUCAGAUCAAGUACCUGUCUGCAAUCCAGAUGCUGAUAACUUUUUUAACUACACAUGGUCUUAUAAACUGAACUCAGAUAUUGUAAGUCCGUUUUUUGUGGUGCGUGAUGUCAAUGAUUCUGUUGUUGCUCCUAGUCUGUAUGCUGAAUGGACAAUGAGCAUGCCAAAAUCAUCUUUAAAGGUAGAAGAAGUCAUGAAGCUUAAGAAUAAAAAUAAAGCUGUUGCUAUGAUAGUUAAAGGCUGUAAAGAUAAUGAAGGAAAAAUCUAUGCUGAUAAAUUAAGAGAGGCUUUGAAAGUUUAUCAAGAAGAAUUGCACGUUUUUGGAUGUAAAAGGAGUUAUCCACUGGCAGGCAGUGGAGCAAUUAUUGCAAGGGAGUAUUUCUAUGUUCUGGUGACUGCAGGGACAGCCCAGGACUAUGUUACUGAUAAAGUAUUGAAUGCGUAUUGGAACAAUGCUGUGCCUAUUAUUAGGGCUCGAGCGGAUCUUACCAAGUUCCUCCCUCCAGGCUCCUACAUCAACGCUCAUCUCCAGACCCCCGAGCAGAUCGCAGCCCUCGUCCACUACAGCAUCAACAACCCAUCCGUUUACCGAAGCUUCUUCAAGUGGAGGAACUUCUACACGUUCCGCAAACGAGAGGAGUUUGACGGGAUCUGCCAAAUCUGCAGUCUUCUCAAUGAUAAGGCUUCGUUUUACUCCAAUUCUAGUGCGCAUUUGAGAGAGUGGUGGGAGUCCAGUAGCACGAGCAAAAUAAAAUGUGCGUAAAAAAACUUUGUUACUUAUUUUUAGCAUUGAACUUACCUAUGUUAGUACAUACAGUGUUAUUUACUUAACUAAAAUGAUAAAGUUAAAAGCUCACAGUAACAAUUAUCGUGAUAUGAAGGAGGAGUUUUUUAUACUAAGACGUAUAUUUUCAAUUUUUGUGUUUCAUUUUGUUAAUAAACUAUUACGUGCUGCGGUUGU